AACAUCAUUGAAGGGAAUAUUUUUUAAUAUUCCUUAUGUUUUCUUCAAAAUGUUUCUUUGAUUUUAAUCCUUUGAUAUUUUUAAGAUGAAGCUGCAAAUGUUUAAAAUGAUUUUGUAAUCCCAAUAUUAAAUAAUAGAUGUAUUAAUAAUACCAUAUCAUGGGUUAUGCCACAAGUAUAGACUGAAUUAAUUGUUGUUAGGAUACCUUCUAGAUGAAGCCAUAGAUCAUAAAAUGACAUGCAGAAGCAAAAAAAAUUAUCUACUUAAAGUCAUAUUUAAUUGCUUAUGGCCCUAUUUUUUAAUGGAUCAUCACAGUCAAAAUUAAACCGCCCUAAAUAUGCCACUUCAAAAAGUAGAAUUUGGCACAGCUCUGUUUAUAAACAUCCGCAUGCACGACGAAAGCUUAGAAAAUCGAUGCAAUAUUGUUGAACGAUGCUACUAUCCUCCAAAAAACUCGAUACUCGUAAAUUAAAACAGCAAACUGAAUCUAAACGAAAGUUAAAUAGACUAAUUCUAGUUUUUAUUCGAAUUAUCAACUGGUACGAACAUGGCAAAAACCUGUCAAAACUCUCCACACGAAGAACAGGAAGUUAUGAAAAGGUGUUAAUCGACCUUUUACAAGAUUUUUAAUGAUGAUUAAAAACCUUAAAACAAUUUUCUCUCUCUCUAACUUUGUUUAAAACUGGGAUCGAAGGUCGUUUCCGGUAAAUCGAAUAACCUAAUAACCUCGACAUUACGGAAGUCCUAAAUUAACAUCUUCAUUCGACCUAAUUUUUGUAAACAAAUUAGAUCAAACUUGGCAACCAAACAGUCGAAAAAACUAACCUUUAGGAAAAAAUUUCUUUUAUGAUCUCAUUUUAAUUAAAUAUGUGGCAUUAACAUACUGACGUAUGCAAGAUGCAAUCUACUUUUAAAUGCAUUUAUUUGUUUGGAGAUUUAAAUUUAUUUUUCGAGACAGGCGCUUCUUUUUUGUUCCUGUUUUUAACACUUCCAGGUUACAUUCUGCCUUUAAGGCUUUGAGAGAAUGUUGACCGAGUACCCCUGCUUGCUCGGCCUUUAUAUAUAGUCUGACAUCAUCGAAAACAUUUCAAAAUUCCGAGUUUGAUGUCGGGAUAACAUUCGGAUCAUCUGUUCCUCUACUUAAACAGGUAAUGCAUUUUAAUAUAACUUCCAUUACAUCAUGUUUUUAUUCAUAUUCACUUGUUUACAGAAAGGAUGAAGUCUUUCGUGUGUUUGUUGUUAUUGUUUGUGGUUACCUGUCACGCACAAAAUCCUUUAAAUAUCCUAUCGCUGGUCCGUUUACAGAAUUCAGCAUGUCAAGGUGAAAGAGGAGAUCAGGGUGUAUGUAUCACAUCUUCGGAAUGUGCUCGAAGAGAAGGAUUAAAUAUGGGAACGUGUGCAAGUGGUUUGGGAGUCUGUUGUUUCUUGCGUUUUACGUGUGGUGGAGUGACUACGCAAAACAAUACUCUCUUCGUUAAUCCUAAUUAUCCAAAUAGCGAAAAUGGUACAGAUACUUGUCAAGUAACUGUAGAAAAACAAGACAACGUAUGCCAACUUCGACUCGACUUUCUCGAGUUUACACUUGCUCAACCGGACUUUCUGGGCAUGUGCGCAUGGGAUUCGUUUAUGGUAAGAACCACAGUUGGGGAGCAUUUACCUAUUUUAUGUGGCGAAAAUGGCGGCCAACACUUGUACAUUGAUAUGGGAAGAGGAUCGGGCAAUCCUGUAGUGUUGAGUGUAGUCAGCAAUGGUGACAAGGUAGCCAGAAAAUGGAAAGUCAAAAUCAGCAUGAUCCAGUGCAACAGUCUGGAUAUGGCUCCUCCAGGAUGCGUUCAGUAUUUCCGAAGCCCUAGUGAGACUAUACGCAGUUUCAAUUUUGGACCUAAAUUAAAAGGCCGAGUUCGCUACUUAAGUAAUUUGAGAUAUACAGCGUGUGUUCGAGUGGAAGAAAAUUUUUGUUCUAUUAAAUGGGAAUUAGAAAAUCCUAAUUCGUUCUCUUUCGGAAUACCUUCUGAAGAUGGUAAUAGUGGCGAAGUAUGCAAUGACGAUGAUUUCAUAGGCAUCGACCAAGGAUCUCUAGAUGGUUUUGGACCCGGAAACGAUCGAUUCUGCGGAGAACGUUUGCUGAAUAAGAACGUUAUCAUUUCACGAAGCAAACCCUUCAUGUUAAAAGUCAAAAGCAAUAGUGAUGCCGUCAUCAACUCGAAUUAUUCACAAUACGGCUUCUCUCUAAAAUAUACAGAAUUACCGUGCAUGAUAUAGAAUCAUUCUACAUCAAUUCUUAUUUAUUUCAAGUUUUCGCACAUUUAUUUAUUGUUUAUUUUAAGACGUUUGCAACGUGUACAGUUUACGAUGGAUAUUUUCAUAAAAAUAAAAAUUUAAUUGCCGGCGAGUAACAGUUUCACUUGUGUUUGGAGUCAAUGAUCUUCGAGACCUUGACCGUGCUCUACUUCCGCAUUACUCGAGACUCCGGUUCUAACCCCGGGAUAUUUUAGUCGUACGAGAAUUUACGGAAUUUUAUGACGUCAUUGUUUUGAGUUUAACUGGUACGUCAACGUCACAAAGUUGCAAGAUACUGUAUAUGAUAACUGAUUUCCUAUUGCGACAGAUUGUGUCAUAUAAUUUGCAAAAUAUCUUGUGGAAAAUUUCGCGAAAAGAAUUGCUCUCUUAGUUUAGUGAAGUUAAUUCUACCCUAGUUUCGGGUAGAUAUAAACAAUAUAAACAAUUUAAUGUGCUUAUUUGUUUCUGAACCUGAUACAAAUCUGAAUAUCCUAAUUCUUUUGAGAUAUAAGACUUGGAUUCCUAUAAGAAAACAUGUAUUAUUUAUAAUUUGCCGAGACACUAUAAAUUCUAUUUUAUUGAUUUUUUAAUUAAAAAUUCAAUUGUUUAAAUUCAAUUUGUUCCAAGAAUGUCAAUGACAAUA